GCCUUAAAAGGAAAACGCCGGCGACUAGCGCACGCGAACCACGAACACCACACUCUCCAGCACCCGGCAGAGCAAGCGGCCAGCGAGAGAUCCAGAGGCAGCAGGCAUGGCCACCGUCAGCGCCGCCGCGGCGACCACCGUCGUUGCCCGCGCCGCCCAAGGGCUGCCGCAGCUGAGGGCGAGGAGCGAGAGGGUGCGGUGCAGCUACUCCAGGGACGCCAGGAGCGCGGCGGCCGCCGUGAGCGCCCGGGGCGCCGGCGCGUCGCUGCUGGCCGCGGCGGGCGCGGUGACCGCGUCGGCGGGGCCGGCGCUGGCGCUCGUGGACGAGAGGAUGUCGACGGAGGGCACCGGGCUGAGCCUGGGGCUCAGCAACAACCUGCUGGGGUGGAUCCUCCUGGGGGUCUUCGGCCUCAUCUGGUCGCUCUACACCGUCUACACCUCCGACCUCGACGAGGACGAGGAGUCCGGCGGCCUCUCGCUCUAGAUCCUUCCUGUCCAUCCUCUGCUCCUGCUGCUGUUGAUCCGGAUGUAAACAUGGCGGUGGAUGGUCACCGGUGUAAUCUGGACAUGGCUAUUUGUAUCUAAGCUUCGCUUUUGCGAGAUGUUAGCGGCCGGAUGAAGUGAUGAUAUGUUGAUCCGUGGAGAUUACGCGCGUACAGCGACUUCGCGAGAAAACUAU